GUAAAUCAUUCAGACAAUUCGGUACUCGCAUCGCAGUGUAAGUGGCGAUGCGUCUGUCUUGUAAUGCUCUAUAAGGUGCGUUUGGUGAAAGGAUUGCAAAGGCUGGUGAGGCAGCAUCUGGCAAGAGCGAAAACAACGGAAAGCGCGAUGAGUAAAGAACAGCGGGUCCUACGGUACGUUCAGCAGAACGCGUCCCGAGGCGACCCGGACAGCGUGCUGGCCGCCGUGGACAAGUUCGGCUGGGAGACGGAAUGGGCCAUGAAUGUUGGAGAUGUCAAAGGGUUGAUCCUGGACCGGUUUGUGAAGGAGACAGCACCACAAACCAUGCUGGAGCUGGGCACGUACAUGGGGUACUCCGCCAUCAGGGUCGUCAGGCUGCUGCCGGAAACAGCCAAGUUCCUCACGGUGGAGUUCAAUCCAGAGAACGCCGCCAUCGCUAAUGAGAUGAUCGCAUUUGCGGGGUUACAAAAUAGGAUUAUCCAGAUCACAUCUGAUAGCGCUGACGUCAUCCCCCAGCUGAAGAAGAAGUAUGACGUAGACACGUUCGAUAUGGUGUUUAUAGACCACUGGAAGGACGUCUACGUCAGAGAUAUCAAAUUAUUGGAAACAAACAACCUUCUACGCAAAGGUACUGUAGUUGUAGCUGACAACAUCAUCAACCCAGGCGCCCCAGAGUACGCGGACUACGUGCGAACGUGUGGCAAAUACGACUCAACAUUCCACGAGAGCAAUUUCGAGUACAGUGACGACAUCGACGGGCUGGAGAAGUCUGUGUACCGAGGCUAAAGAAUAUCAACUGUUGAUCGAUUAACAUUUUGCACAACGUAACUUCGAUUCAUGUGCAAUCCUUUGGUGGAAACACUAAGCCACUGCUUGGUUUACACACGCGUUUUUGGAGUCGACUUGGAGCAAACUCCGCCCCAGUCAGACACAGCAGAGUCUGUGUAAACUCAAGUACCCUUCUUCCUGACAGCUGGCGCAAAUUUGAAAAUUUGUUUCCCACCCGUUAUGCCAUUUGUAACGUUUUGAUAUAUGUUAAAAGUUUUGGAUACCUUGUUGUGCAAGUUGAUCAUGCGGUCGUCACACCUCGGGCGCAGUAGGCGUUUCAAGUCACUUCGCGGCCCCGUGUGUAAACAGUUCGUUCCUGAGUCGUGCCACGGAGUAGUUUACUCCUAUAUAGAUGACUCGAAAACGCGUGUGUAAACCCAGCUUACGUUUUAAAACACCAAAUUUAAGGUGAUUUCAUCAGUUCACAUACAUGCAUCUCUUGAUAACUAUAUAUUUACGAAAUCAAGGUUAAAUUGUAAUCUGGUCCACCAGUGGAAUUAAAAUGCUCGAUAAACCACUUGUACAAUACAAUAUGGUCUGAUUUAUUUCAAUGCAACCAAUUAAUUAUCAACAAGUGCUAUAUCUACCACCCAAGCAUCACG